AUGGGUCAUUAUUCAAAGGGAUCUGAAAAGCCACCCUUUAAAGACGAUCGCCUUCGUCUGUACAGCAUGCGAUUCUGUCCAUAUGCUCAGGUCAGUGGAGCACUUUCGUUGUUCCAUUCAUUCUUAACACCCCGAUGUUCGCUCGCAGCGGUAGGCAUGAGUUACAAAAUCAGCAACACAAACGCGUCCCGUGAAGAAAAGUAGAAUGAAUCAAACGAAAGGAAGAAGUUGUGACCCUUUACUCGAUCCAUGAAACUGCUGUUAAAAAAAAAUCUGCAAAGCGUGACGAAAAAUAUGCGUGAUUAAUUGCUAUUAAUACUUUUAACCAACGCUAUUUCUCGUUCUUCCACGUACAUUGUACUCCGUUGUUAUUUUUCUUGAAAAACUCUCCACAAUCCUUGGUGCGGUCUCCUUCAAUGAUAAGGUAUUGCAACGAAUAAUGUUAUAAAAUUCGCGUUCUUUUAUAAUCUGUUUACAGAGACCUCGUCUCGUUCUAGCCGCUAAAGGUAUUGAUUACGAGUGCGUAAACGUCAACUUAAAGGACAAACCAGAUUGGUUCCUCGAUUUAAACCCUGGUGGAACAGUUCCAGUGAUCGAACAACCUGAUGGGGCCGUUAUAUAUGAGUCAGCGAUAUGCUGUGGUAGGUACAUGUAGCUCGUUCUGUAGCGUGCCCAGGGGGGACGCAUGCACGCAACACUUUUAACUCUUCUCCUGUUUAAUUUCACUUCUGGUAGUAGCUGAUUAAAGUAAAAAAAAUUCAGGGAAAAAAAUCACAAUUUUUUGCUUUAAGUAAUUUUAUCUAUGUGUAUAAUCUCAAACAGAAGAUGGCUGGGUACAAGCCCGUGUAUUAUGAGAUAACCAACACGAGACGUGACCCACAGCACAUAGCCAUGGAUUCACCGGCGAAAAAUGUCUGAUUGGUCGUCGCGCGACCACGUGACGUUGCCAAAUUCAAAAUGGCGGCAACACCUCCAAAGUUUGUUUAUUCCAGUGGAAAGAAGGUUAAUAGGGGCUUUAUAUGAGUUGCAAAUGCAUGUCGGAUAUUUUUAGAAUAGCCUAGACUUUUUAUUAUCCUUUUUCACCUAUUCCUGUGGGAUUCGUUUCCUGCGAUGCUCGCGAUUUCGCCGGUUUACAGGAUUCAACUUUGGAUCACGAAGGAGUACACUGUUUCUGAAAAAAGCAGAGUCACUAGAACGAACGGCCUUUGUUCACAGCUCAAUGCAGCAGAUAAAUAAGACACUAUGGGUUUAUUGUUAUUGUUAUUUUUUUACCGAAAAGGUAGCAAAAAUAUUUUUCCUCCAGCAACACUUUCCAAUUUAUAAAAAAAGCUUGAACAUGAGCUAAAUGAACUUUAGUGUCUGCAUUCAGUCUUUUCUUUGAGAACGGGUGCAAUUUUAAUAUCAAAACUUUAAAGCCGUCUUUGACCGAGCAAGGUUUUUUUUCUUUUUUUUUUUUUCAGUGGUUACUGUGCUUGAUGUGAAUAACAUAAUGGGAUUUAUAAAAUUAGCGGAACACUAUAUUUAAAAGAAGAGAACUUACUUAGUUCGAAAAAAUACUGAUUAUACUUUUUAGUAUAUAAAGGUUAAAAAAGUGAUGCAUAUAGUCUAAAGUGCUACAAAGGAGUAAAAACCCAGAUCUUUCCAUUAGUAACUUUUAUUGUCACUGUCAGGGACAUAUGCUUUCCUUGAGUACACAUUUGUUCGUUAAAAAUCUUGUUUGUGAGGCUGCACUUUGUUUGAUUCAGGAUCAAUAAAUCUUUUCUGAAGAGAAGUGAAAAGUAAAUAAUGUUAACAUGUCAGAUAAUUCAGCACUGCCUUAGCCAACAACUAAGAAGAAACUGAACUUCAUAUCAAAAAACAAAGUGAAAACUACUUCACUGUGAAACAACAACCCCUUCAAAUAUAUAUCACAUUAAAUUCAUGCAAAAUGUAGACCUGAUGAGAAGUUUAUAGGAACAGAAACAAACGAUAAUUACGAUGAAACUAUAAUGUUUGAAUGAGAUCUGUAAGUGUUCUCUCAUAAUUCGGACAGAAGAUCAAAAUCAUGGAAACUGCACAUCCUACACAACAUGAUCCAACGAAAAUUUCAUUAAGACUCAAAGUUUACUCCAAACUUUAUACUCCUGAUUAUUUUUUUUAUCCUGUUCAUCUCCUUCCAGGAUCCAAUUUUCAAGCAAAGAAGCACCCCCCACAGAAAGCCUUGUGUGCAAAAAGUUUGCACUGAAAAAUUGUACACGGGAGAAAUCAUGUCCGUAAGUGCAGUUCCUAACGCGGAAAGUAACAAGGACCUCUUUGUGGAUAAUCCCAAGCCAAAUUUAUGAGCAAAAUAAUUUAAACUUCCAUCCUUCAAUUAUACCAUUGCCAGCCUAAAUGUACAGCAGCUGUACACAUUGUAAACAGAAUAUUUUUUACAAAUCAAAUGUUGCUGGACCUAUCGAACUGUGGCUCCAAGACGGUAUUAGCGUUUUAAUGAAAACACUCACAUUUUCUCAUUCGACAGUUCGGAUAAAACUCAAAUUUCUGUAACAUACAAAGCUGUACUAAUGUACAACAACAAUGAAAUGUGGAUCGAUGGACAAAACACGUUUCGAACUACGCACUUUAACUUUCGAUCCACUUUUUUUGAGCUACAAGACAAUUUACACACCAAGACAAUGGCUAAGAGUAAUUCUUUACCUUAUUUAUAAUUUCCCUUUGUACCGAGUGACACGAGAUUAAGUUGAACCAAGCGUAAGCUUAUUUUUCUGCCAUAAACAGUGUAAACAUGCGGAGAUUAAUAUGAGAGACUGGGCCGAGCGUCAUGGCGGAAGGCCACGCGGUGUGAAGAGCAACUUCAAGAAGGGAAAACCUCGGUUAUUUUGAAUCAGAAUUAUGACUAAAUCCAAAAGGGGAGAAAGAGGCUCCAGCUCUAGUUCUGUUUCAUCCAACACCGAAUUAAAAAAAGCAAGGAUGCACGAAGAAGAAGAGGAAACAAAUUCACUCAGGGACUUAAUUCAAAACUUAACGGCGAAUAUGGAAAGCAACUUUGCGAAGCUGCACGAAGAAUUAUGUGGCCUGAGGCAGGAAAUGAAGGAAGAAAUUGAUAUGUUGAAGAGCAAUAUUAAAGGCGUGGAAAAAAGUGUAGAUGAAAUAUGGGCGACCAUUGAAGAUAUGAAAGAGGCAACCAAAGCUCUGAAAGACUCUAAAACGGUACAGGAGGACGAGAUGCAAGAACUGCGAGCGCUUCUUACAAAAACCAAAGCUGAGCUAAAGGAGGAAAGAGAGAAAGCUAUAGAGCUGGAAGAUCAGUAUACUCGGCGCGAGAAUCUAAAAUUUCAUAAUAUCCCAGAAUCAGAUGAAGAAGGUGUUAACCACUCGCCGAAACAAGUUAUUCUCAGCAUUUUGCAAAAGGAGUUGCAAAUGGACACUGCACAAAUUCGAUUUCACGCAGUGCAUCGAAUUGGCAAGCGAAAAGAAAACAAACACAGACCGAUCAUUGCUCGCUUCGUUUGCCGAGAAGACAGAGACCAGGUUUUUGCCAGGAAGAAGGGAGUUAAAGAGAGCACAAGGUUCAAGGACGCUUACAUAACCGAGGAUUAUGCAAAAGCUAUACAAGAUGAACGAAGGAAGCUAAUAAAGGCGAUGUUCAAGGCAAAGGAGCAAGGUUCAGAGGCCAAAGUGGUUGGUAGAUAUCUGUACAUAGGAGAACUAAAGUAUGAUGUAACAAAUAUCCCUGAGGAUUUUAAGUAGAUCAAAGAACGAACAUAGAUCUGUUCAACUAAUUUACAGUACUGCUGGUGCAAUACAACAACUUCUUUAAGUCAGAUUGAAGCUAAUUAGAUUCUGAAAAACACAAUAUUUAAAUUUGUCGAAAGGUCAGUACCUUCUUAAAAUACUUCAUUUGAGUAUCUCAAGGGAGUAUGUUUCGGCUAGUGUUUUGGUGGUUAACGUGUGUCCCUGUAUUAUUUUCUUUUUCUUAUCUGUUAGUGUUGUAUUUGAGAUUUUUUCGAGUGUUUUUCUAUUCUAAUUUUCGCUUACUGUGUUUCUUUACUAAUUUUAUCUAUGCACAAUCAGUAUCCUUUACUUGCUUUCAAAGUAUGUCUACAUUCACGCCUUCGUUUGGUCAAUUACACGUCCGGCUCUUUUGUUUUCAGCUAUGCAGUCCCACAAUUUACAUACAGUGACAUUAGUUGUUCAGUGCUUUUAAACUAAUAUCGCUUAAUGUGAAGGGCUUAAGUAAUUUCCGCAAAAGAAAAACCAUCUUUCUCUGGUGUCGUAAACGUAAAGCAGACCUUGUUUUUUUACAAGAGACGCACUCGAUCGCUGCAACAGAGAAUCAAUGGAGAAAUGAUUGGGGUGCAGAGAUGAUAUCUUCCCACGGUAGUUCUAAUUCGCGAGGUGUUGCGAUUUUGUUUAAAAAUGGUAUUGAUUGCAGCAUUACUCAUAAAAUUGUAGACCCCGAGGGGCGUUAUAUUAUUUUAAAAGCUUGCAUCCAAGAUAAAGACUAUGUGCUGAUUAAUGUUUAUGCGCCGAACAAAGAUAAAGACCAAGUGAAUUUUUUCAACAACCUACUUUCAAUUUUGCAAAAUGAAAAUCUGGAUUCUUUGGAUAACAUCAUACUAGGAGGAGAUCUAAAUUGUCCACUCGAUCCAUUACUCGACAAAAAAGGCGGAGCAAGUACAAAAAGGAAGUCAGUUAUCUCUUGUGUCGAAGAUUUCAAAAGUAAAUUAGAUUUAGUGGAUAUCUGGAGAUCCAAAAAUCCAGAGGCAAAAAGUUUUACGUGGAGUCAAAAAUUUCCCCCUGUGUUUUGUCGUCUCGAUUACUGGUUGAUAUCUAACAACCUGAGCGAUUUUGUUGAAUUGACCGAAAUAAUCCCGGCUGUACGAACAGAUCAUGAUGCAAUUUCUUUAGAACUCGGAAAGCUAGAGGACGAAUUGAAAGGGCCAGGAAACUGGAAAAUGAACUGCUCUCUGUUAGAUGAUGAAGAUUACGAAGAAGAUAUAGCCAGGAUGAUUCCACUUUGGGUAGCGGAAGGACAGAAAGAAUUUACAGAUAAUCGAAUGAUAUGGGAUUGGAUUAAAUAUAACAUAAGAGCUCAUGCUAUUCAAUACUCUAAAAGAAAGGCAAAAGAAAGGGGGAAAAAGGAACUUGACCUUCAGGAGAAAUUAACUAAAGCAAAAAGUAAACUUGAAAAUAAUCCAAACGACCAUAACAAAACCUAUUAUAACGUAGUUCAGGAGAAGUUGGAGUCAUUUUACGAAGAAAAAACCAAAGGCGUAAUAAUACGAGCACGUGCUAGAUGGCAUGAACAUGGAGAGAAAAGCACAAAAUAUUUUUUAAACUUAGAAAAAAGGAACCACGUUAAGAAGCAUAUAAGAAAACUGUGCAUAAAUGGUAAAAUUACAACGGAUCCGCACUGUAUACUAAAAGAACAAGAGCGUUUUUACAGAGAAUUGUACAAAAGCAGCAUUAAGAGUCCCAAUACAGGAGAGAAAAUAUCUUCAUUUUUGAACGAUGUGAAUAUUCCCCAACUUUCAGAGGAGGAAAAAAAUUCCUGUGAAGGAUUAAUUUCUCCAGAAGAAUGUUCUGGACUCUUGGAUAGCUUUCAGAGUAAUAAAUCCCCUGGAAAUGAUGGCAUUCCAGCUGAAUUCUAUAGAAAAUUUUGGCCUUUAAUAAGCGAAAGUUUUAUCAGGUGUGCAAAUGAAUGCUUCGAAAAAGGGGAAAUGUCAUGCUCACAAAAACAGGCUGUAAUUACUCUGCUUGAGAAAAGCGGAAAAGAUCGCACUCUCCUCGAAAACUGGCGGCCAAUAUCUCUUGUUAAUGUAGAUACGAAAAUUAUGUCCAAGGUGAUCGCAGCAAGGGUUAAAAAGGUGUUACCCAGUAUCAUUCACUACAACCAGACUGGUUAUGUUAAAGAUCGUUUCAUUGGUGAAGCAAUACGUUCUAUUUUCGAUAUUAUGGACUUCACAGCUAAGGAAAACAUCCCAGGUUUACUGCUGUUUAUAGAUUUUCAAAAAGCUUUUGAUAGUGUGGAAUGGGAAUUUCUCAUUGAGAGUCUUAAAAAGUUUAACUUUGGUCGAGAUUUCCUUCAAUGGGUGAAAACCUUUUAUAAGAGCAUUCAAAGCUGUGUUAUAAACAAUGGCGUUAGUUCUAACUUUUUUACUCUGGAACGCGGUGUUAGGCAGGGUGAUCCACUCUCUCCUUACUUAUUUAUAAUUGCUGUAGAAACUUUAGCAAUUGCUAUAAGGCAAAAAGAGUCAAUUAAAGGAAUCACAAUAGGAACUGAGGAAACUAAGCUUCUACAGUUUGCAGACGAUACAACCGCUGUGUUAGCUGACACAAGCUCGGCCGCAAGAUUAUUUGAACUACUUAACAAAUUCGAAAUUCUCUCUGGACUCAAGAUUAACUGUUCAAAAACUGAAGGUAUGUGGAUUGGAUCUAAGAGACAUUAUAAAGAAAAACCAUUCGGUAUUAAAUGGCCGGACGAGCCAAUAAAAGCUCUAGGUGUAUAUUUUACUUAUGACCAAAAAUUGCUUAAAGAAAAGAAUUUUAUAGAACGACUGGAUUCAAUUAAAGAACUUAUUAAUAUAUGGUCCGCUAGAGGCCUGUCGAUAUACGGUAAGGUGACAAUAAUCAAAUCUUUUCUUAUCCCUAAGUACAUUUACAUUUGUUCGAUCCUUCCAACUCCCAAGAAAUUACUAAAAGAAUUGAAUAAAAUACUGUUUAAAUUUCUCUGGAAAGGUGUAGAUAAGGUAACAAGAGCUUCAGUUAUAAACGAAUACGAAGAGGGGAGGGCUAAGAAUGGUUGAUCUCGAGUGCAUGGUUAAGUCAUUGAGAUUAGCUUGGUUAAAACGUAUCUUCAGUGGGACUAAUGGAACUUGGAAAAGCUACCUACAACACAUACUGAGCUCCGUUGGGGGAUUGUUCUUUUUUAACUGCAACUACAAUAUCUCGGAUUACACAAUUCCUUCUCAAUUUUAUCAGGAACUUUUGUUAUGGUGGUCGCAAUUUCGUGAAACGUUUGCCACUGAAGAAGAUUGGAAAACGAUAAUCUGGAAUAACAAAGAAAUAAAAGUAGAAAACAAGCCGGUUUAUUAUAAACAUUAUGUUAAUGCGAGUGUCAUUUGCAUUCAGGAUCUUUUAUUUAGUCUGAACAGUACUGAUUCUUAUAAUCAACUGUCUAAAAAAAAUAUGCAAAACAAAUAUUUUAGAAUGGGCUGGCUUACGCAGGUCCAUUCCAUUAUCGUUAAGAAGUUAUGACAGGUAUCCUUCCAUAAACUCACCAACAUUUGUGGUGGGUGACAAUAAUUUUGAUGUUACGAAAGGGAAAUCAAAGGAUUACUACAACCUACUCAUCAGAGAAAAAGCUAAACCGCCCAAUAUUAUUCAAAAAUUACAGAGUAACUUUAAUUUUAACAGCGACAAUCUGAAGCAAAUAUUUAAGCUGCCACACUCUAUCGCUGUCGAAUCGUAUGUUAAAAAAGCCUUCCAGUACAAAGUAAUUAACUCAAUUCUUUACACAAAUACAAAGUUGUAUAAAAUAGGUUAUAGGACAAAUGAUUUAUGUACUUUCUGUGACAAUCAACCUGAAUCAUUAACGCAUUUGUUCUAUCACUGCUCACGCUCUAAACAGUUUUGGAUUGAAUUUGAACUAUAUUGGUGCCUUAUUUCGAAUCAACGAAUUCGUCUCUGCUUGGAAAAUGUGCUCUUUGGAAUUUUGACGGAAAAUGCUCGCCCUUUACUUCAAUUGCUGAACUAUUUUAUAAUUAUUGGAAAACUCUAUUUGUGGGACUGCAGGAGCAAACAAAUCCUUCCAAACAUUUGUGGAUUUAAAGCCAAGAUCAUCGCUAAAUAUGAAACAGAAGAAAAAAUCAGCAACAAAGAAUUCUUUAAAAGAAAGUGGAUACUGACGCCUUAUUUAAGUUAACUGUAUUACCUCCGUAUUAUUUCAUUGCCCUGUUGUACUUUUUUUACAAUUUCUUUUAGCCCUGUAACACCUCCUGUAAUAAUUUGACAAUUUUUUUUUUGUGUGUGUGUGUGUGUUUUGUAAAUGUAAUUAUUUAAUGUGAUUAUCAAUAAACAUAUUAAAAAAAAAAAAAAAGCUACUAAAUACAGUUUUUCCAGUAACAAAGUACACGCUAAGUCAUAACAAAACAAAGCCCCAAAAUGUCUGUCCCUCUGCUUUUUUUUGUUGAAUCUGUGAUAAGAAACUUGAAGUAAACAACAAAAACAUUUUGGGUAGCAUUGUAAUACGCUCGUCGAUCAACAGUUGAGAUUAAAUUCAUGCUCACAAUCAAAGUCGAAUUUUGACACAAAAACGGGAUACACAUUUAACAAAACUGUCGCUUCCGUGCAACUCGGUACAAGCUAAUUUAUAUACCAAAAGAAAGCCCAAUAAUUUUUCUUCCACUACUUUAUAAUUUCUUUUUGUACCGAGUUGCACGGAACAUGCAGUAAACAAAAAGAGCAAAAAUUACCUACCUUUUCGGCAUGUCUUCCAAAUGCAAACCAGCGAUCUCAACGUCAAUAACAGUGGAUCAGACCAUGCCAAUGCGAUUUUUCGCCAGUUUCAGGACGCUGUAUUCUCUAGAGAACACAAUUACGUCAAAACUUUGACCAAAUAAUUUUUGAUCUCUUACAGUGGUAAGAAAUUUGCAACGCUGUCACUGCCAAAAAAAGCUGCCAUCGCUACUUUCAUCUGAACAACAUUUCGCGGGCAUUGUCGCCUCGGAGCCAAUGAUAUUACCCGAAAUUGAUCAGGUGUCAUUUUUUGCAGAGCAUGCGUAGACAUUUUCGCCGGUGAAUAGCCAUGGGCAGUUUUACGGUUUAGCGAAUGCUCAUUAAUCAAAAUGCUGUUUUUCUGCCGGGACAUGUUGUAUCAUCUGUGCAAGCAAUAUGAUCGUGUCACAAUGUUGUCAAAGAACCAAUCUGCACUCUCCCCUGGCAGUCAUUUGAUCAAAUUAUGUCCAAAUACCUGUAAAUUCAUCAACCAUGGAAGAAAACCUUCCGGUCAGCAAUACAUUCAACGUUGGUAGUGUUGGCAUAUUCCACUAAUUUGUUCUACGAUGUUAGUUCUCCUCCAUCCUAGUUCAGGUUACUCUGAAAUACACUUCUACUUUGAAAUAUACUCUGAGAUCGCUGAGAUACAUGUGCGUGGGAUUAAGUUAUUAACGGACAGAAUUAAUAAUACAUUGGAAAAAAGUAAUUUGAUUAAUGAGCAUGCGCUUAACCGUGAACCUGUCCCUUUAAUUGUGCCAAUAUUGAGCAAAAUACAGCUGUUUAGAAACAAUUAAUUUGAUAAUUUUUGUAUUCCCAGCAGUUUCAUUUUGUCACACCUAGCCUGUGUAGCAACCCGGAAACGCUUCAGUGCUUUGCUGGUUAAACACCUGAUUGACUUAUUUUCUGCUUCACGGACAUUCCACAAAUAUUUCUAAUGUCUUUUUUUUUCACUUAUUAUUGUUUUUUUUUUCAGAUUACCUGGAAGAAGCUUUUCCUGAUAUACCUCAGCUUUAUCCUAGCGAUCCAGUCAAAAAAUCUCAGCAGAAGAUUAUUGUGGAAACAAUGGGAAAGGCGGUAGGGACCCAUUUUUUCUGCUAUCUUACUAUAUUUCUGGCGAUAUAAUAUAGCCCAGUUUCAAACAAGCAAAAUUCAUACUGGGCUUUGAGGCUGGCGGGGGGAUAAAACAAAAUAAAUGAAUUAUUGCCAACGAGCCAUCUGAGCGAAGACGCGAGGAUGGCGAGGCGGCAGCAGAAUAGAGCCGCCCAAGACUGGGCAACAGGCAGAAAAAUUCUCGAUCGAGCUUUAAAACGUGUAACCUGAUGUAAUGUAGAUUCCCCUGAGACCAAGUGGUGUGACGGUUGUCAAUCAAUCAUAAGGCGGUACCUGGCGCACAUGUGUUCUAAUUCCCCAGGGGGGCAAGGGCUGAAGUUGAAUGUGGUACGCUUUUAAAAAUACAAAAUUUUACACAAGCUUACGCGCGUAGUUCCCGCCGACGCGACUUCCUGUGUUUAUUUACCCAAAUUUAUUUGUCAAACCUGGCCCCGGAAAUCAAGAAAAAUGAGUGCUUGAUGCAUUGUAUUGAUUUGGGGGGCCAUUAAUGUAAAGUUUUCACGAAGAGAAGCUUGUAAAACAACAGUUUGUUAAAGCAAAGAAGAGUGUUCCAUGUGAAACAAGACGCUGUGAGAGCGUAUAUUUGGUCGUCGAUGUACUAGGUGUGUGUGAACUUUUCUGUGUAUUAGGGAUGUGUAUGUUGUGCAGUAGCGUUGCAUAUUUUAGGGGUUGGUUAAGAUGCGUUAAGUGGAAGGCGUGGAGAUAUAUUGAACGCGAAAUGGUAAGAUAAUGCAUGGCUGUAGUUUGUUAAUCAGUGAAACUUGUUUCUUGUAGAAUUUAGUAUGAAGUGACAAAAAAUAAUUAUUUGGGGAGGUAAAAGUGAUUUUAGGUGUUGCAGUGAGGUAGUUGUGGAAGUGCUAAUUUGGUCUUGAAGGAAUAGUGUUGUUACAGUUGUUUAAUUGAAGUGGUGGUUGUGAAAAGUCUUCAUACUUGUACUUAUUUUAAACGUUGAGUUUUUUGUUUAGGAUUGUUUUUCGCUUAUUUUUGAUAACAUUUGUACCGAGAGAACAUGGAUUAGGCCAAAAGUUCAUUUGAUGCAGAUAAGGGGGUAUGAAGAUGAAGCCAAGUAUGAAUUUUGAUAAUUCGAAACUGGUGUUUUGCUGAUCUGACCUUUGUUGUCUGAAAUAAUUGUCUAGAAAUGUUAUAAAUUGUCAGUAAAACUGUUGCAUAGAGCCUUAAUUUGUGGACAGAGUUCUCAGAGUUCUUUAACCAAUAAAAACACAUUUCUUGACCCCCUAAUAAAUGUUUAGUGCUUGGGUUAUUCUGAGCCAUUGUUAAUUUUUGCAAAUAACAAAAAUAAUAGUCUGUAUAACUGUGUAGCCAUGCAACUGGUGACUGGCAAACCUUGGCUAAAUAUUUAGCCUUUAGCAGUUCUUUUGGGAAUUGGCACAUGGACAAUCCCAAUUGGGCAAGAUUUAGCCAAUCUCUCUCAAGAUUUUGCUUGAUUUUUUGCGGUAUGCGGUCUUCAGUCUGCAAUCUGCACAUGUUAUGCUUCACCAGGAACCCAUAAGCUAGACUGUUAACAGUCCCCUAUUUUUCUGUAAGAUCGUCGAGAUCGUGCGCUUUGCGUUACGGGCAGCCAUCGUGGGUCCGCCAUUAACUGUAAGACGCGCUCGUUCUCGACGAUCUCACGGAAAAAUAGGGGACUGUGAACAGUCUACCCAUAAGCCGGAGCGAGUAACUUUUAUAUACCCGUGUCACGGCGAUUUCACUAACCAGUUUAUUAUAAGAACGGUUUUGGCGCGAAUUUUGAAUAUCUUGUAAAUCCCGCAAAUCAGUCGGCAAAACAUACAGACCUUAGAAUGGCAUUUUUGACCUUUUAAUGACGUUUAGUUGUUCUUAUUCAUAUAUUGUAGUUGAAUGGGCUCACAUACGGAGCGGAGCUUCUACUUUUGCGGGAAAAACUUCCCCGAAAUGUAUCUAAAAGUAAACCAGUCCGUCAAAAAGCCGUGACAUAGGCCUAUUAUGGGUGUUUCUCUCUUCCUGGUUAUGUGCUCUUGACACCGCUGGGCAGUUCCAACAGUUUCUGUUUAAGGGAGAGCUCUCUCAUGUGACAUGAUGUCCUUGAUUGUUCUUUGCAGUUUUUGACUGCAUUUUUCAAAACCCUUUAUGCUGUUGGUGAGGAAGAACCCAAGGAAGAACUGAAAAAACGAUUGUCAGCAUUUGACAAAUAUUUCCAACAAAAUGACAAAUAUCUUGGAGGUGAGCCAAUUUUGCUACUCAGGCAGAGGGAAGAAAAAGCAAGAAUGUCUUUUUUUCCAGGUUGAGCACUUAAGAGUUUGGUUCUUUAUACAAACCAAAUUAUUGCUUCCCAACUUCAAGUGUGUUCAAAAGGCAAGGACGAUUCCGGACAAAAAAAAAUCACAUGGCCCCUCGACUUUCACCUAUCACUUCUUCUCUUUCACCUAACUUUUCUUUACCCUUUUAUUCCACUUUUUUGGAUGCGCAUUUGCUGUCCGGCGUCCAUUAAGUUUACGCAAAUCAAGAGGAUGGCUGGUCUCCCCAUGAAAAUCUAUAUAUUCCCCUUCCCCCCUCAAUUAUGAAGCCUUUGAAAGCUGCACAAGUUUAUAGGUGUUAUAGUUGAUCGUUAAAAUUGAUUGAACACGCCCAGUUGAGGUGUAAUUGUGCUCUAAAAUACAAAGACAAACCGAGUGUAAACUUUCCUCCCCCCCCCCCCUUCACCAUUACCGUGAUUUCCUCUUGCCUUUCUCCCUCCCAUCCUUGGUUUGUGCUUGAUACUUAAGAUUUUUUAGUAUUUAUUCAAAAUAUUUCCUCCAUUCUGAUGGGCUAAAACCACACGCAUAAUUCACCAUAACCAGUUACUUAUCACCAAAUUUGGAAGAAUUUUAUGUUUAAUGAGGAAAUGACGUCAAAAAUGCAGCGUUCUUGCAGGUUAAUGCAUCGUUAACAGAGAAGACCUGGGGACGAGGUUGAGUUGUCUUGGUUGUGAAAACAAAAAGUGGUGAACAUUUCACUCGUUUCAAGAGAAAGAACUAGGCGAAAUUAUAGCUAAAAACAUGGCAAGAACAGCAAGAACACAACUCGAAGGGCGAGAUCUGCUAUUUGGAGAAUAUUUGCGGAUCUGAACAACCCUAAACGUGCACUAAACAUCGAUGGAGGUAAGCAUGUUUUAGCUUUGCUUUUAAACUAGGAAUUAUUUUGAAUGAAUAAUAAAACAAUUAUUGAAUUCGGCUUUCCUAUCAUAAUACCUCUUAUGAAGAAUUAUGGAGAUCUCGGAGGGUGUUAUCCGUCGAGGCCGUAACACCCUCCUCGAUCUCCAUAAUUCUUCAUAAGAUACUCAGCCUCAUUCAUUAAUUGUUAAAUAUUUUCUUCAAAAGGCGAUAAACCCGGAAUGGGAGAUUUCCUAAUAUGGCCAUUUUUUGAACGCCUCCUUGUGUGGCAAGCGUUGAUUGGAUUAGACCUGACCCAGUUCCCAGCUGUCUCUGCAUGGUGCGCGGCCAUGAAUGAAGUGCCUGCAGUAAAGGAAUGCACUUAUCCGGCAGAAAUGUACUUAAAGUACUACGAUGGCCUCAAGAGUGGUGAUCCAGAAGCACAGCUCAUCGGCAUUGAUCAGAAACCAUAA